CUUGAAAAAAGAACCUUCCAUUCCAAUCACCAUUCUUCAUCACACGCUUCAUUCUCAUGUCCUCAGCAUCCAUCACCACCGCAUCCGAACCCAAGCUCCGAAACCCGUUUCUCCCUCCACCGUUCCCCCUUGGCACGGGAAACCCGACACCGCAACCACUCCAGUCAAAUCUAAACGUCCCCACCUUUCGGGGCUGUACACCUCCCCCCCACACACCGCUGCACCAGUACUUCCAGACGAGAGAGAGCACACAAGACCCAAGGCAGCCACGAGGCAUCACACGAGGCGCACACGAGGCCAAUCUCCUCGCCGUUCGCAAUUGGCCCGUAUCAGCUCUUCUUCUUCGUCUUCUCAAGAGCCGGUGCAAGCCACCGCCUGAUCGCCUUGAGCUUAGACAUCCCCGUCAGCCGACCACAUGUCCACCUCUCUCCCUCCUGACGUUUUUGACGCAUGCAGUUGCGGGUAUUGUGCGACCGAGAACGCAAGGCCGCCGGGCCUCAUCGAGAUUUUGCGCCGUCUGUUUGACACUCCAUGAUAUAAUGCGUAGCCUAUAUACAAUCAACCUAUUCGCACCCAUGUGUGCGUUCGAGAACUCAAGGAUGAAAACCCAAACGCCAUGGUUAUCUCCCUCAAUCAAUCUCACCUCAAAAGAAGCACAUAUCCCCCCCCAUUUUAUCGUUUCUGGAUCUGCAUGAAUCAGUGGAACCCUUCCCCGUUAACGCCCGCUAUGCAGCUGUUCCCAAUCAUGCAUCCCCACAGGAUUUCAUGAAAUAAUAUACCCUU